AUGCUCGGCUUUCGCGUCUUUGCUUGGGCCACGGCCGCCUCUGCGACAGCUCUCCUAGAUCGCAACCUUGCCUAUCGGUCGCCUUUCGGAGAUCACCCGCAGUUCUCGCAUGAUACACGGUCCAUACAUGCCCGCCAUGUGCACCACGCCCGGCGGCAAGUGGUAGAUGCGAGCGGUCUCGUCGACGAACACUACCCAACUUUCUACGGCGCAGACUUCAGCAACAGUCCCUUCGUUUGGAGCGGCGGCCUGAACUUCACUCACUCGGUUGCGAGUGGCGAUCCUCUCAACACAUCAGUCUUGCUAUGGACGCGUGCUGAGCCGCUCUCUGAGCCAUCAACCAACCAAUCGCCCGAAUCGGUCCCCGUCUGCCUCUCAUGGGCGAUCUUCGACAACGAGGCGCUCACUGGAUCGCCGGUCGACGCUGGGCAAGCCUUCACGUCGUAUGACGUCGAUUUCACGCUCAAGGUUGAAGCGGCCGGUUUGCAAGCUGACACGCUCUACUGGUUCCGCUUCGCGGACUGCACGGAUCCGAGUAGCACGAGUCCUAUUGGGCGAACGCGUACCAUCUCCAGUCCAGAUACGCCCGCGGACCAGGUCAAUGGUGGGAAGAACCUCACGCUCGCCGUGUUUUCCUGCUCGCAGUAUCAGUCGGGCUGGUUCAACGCCUAUGGAGUGGCUGCACAUAACACCUCAGCCGACAUCUUCGUUCAUCUUGGAGACUACAUCUACGAGUCUCUCGGCAAUGGCGCGCCCAUUGGGCGUCAGACUCUCGGUCGCGAACUUGCCACCAUCUUUGACUAUCGCCAACGCCUAAACCAAUACCGAACGGACGCUUCGGCUUCACGUUCGAUGAAAGCGAAUGCUGACUGCGUGCUCAGGGAUGAUCAUGAAGUCGCCGAUCAGUCGUGGAAGGCGGGCACGGCCGAUUCCAACGACUCUCACGUUGGCUGCACCUUCUCUCCCUCCGGCGCCUGCUUCACCGACCGCAAGCUCGCGGCCGUGCGCGCCUAUCAUGAGUGGAUGCCGGUGCGCCAAGUUUCCGCGGACGACAAGCUGCGCAUCUGGCGCAACUUCCAGAUCGGCAAGCUGCUGGACCUCACGAUGCUGGACACACGCCAGUACGACCGCGAUCUGACGGACCUGUACUAUAAUACUCAAUACAUCAACACCAUCUCUUCCUUCGCGAACCGCUCGCUGAUGGGACCCGAGCAGGAGGCGUGGCUACAGAGUACGCUCGACCAGUCGCAAGCUCGCGGUGCUGUAUGGCGCAUCAUAGGCCAGCAGAUCGUAUUCACUCAGCUCAACGAGUCUGGCCGGUUCGACCUCGACGCCUGGGACGGCUACCGCGCAAACCGCGCUCGCGUCCUUGACCAUCUGCAACAGAACAACAUCACGAAUACGGUCAUACUCGCCGGCGACUCGCACGCCAACUGGGUCUCCGACCUCGCCCAUCCGAAUGACACGAGCUACGACCCCGCCACGGGCGAAGGCGCGCUGGGCGUCGAGUUCGCCGGAACGGCCGUGACGUCCACAUCAGCGUUCGGUCCCGGCAUAGCGCCCGCCGCCGCCGACAAGAUCUCGACGGCGCUCGUAGCCGCACCGGGCAACGAACAGCUGCAAUGGUCCGAGGGCUCGUACCGCGGCUUCUUCACGCUGACGAUCAAUCCCGAGACGAUGACGGCUACGUACUAUGCCAUGGAGAACGUCUCGAACGCGAAUUUGGACAGCUUUGCGAGCGCGGUGUUCGUUGUGAACGCUGGCGAGAAUAAGUUGCAGCGGCCUGUUGCGGGUGGGAGCGUCCAGGCUGGCGUGCUGAAGAGUAGCGUGGUAAACGCCACGACGAGUGACUGA